UCACUUUGGCUAAUUUAGUAUUCGAUAAGGUUGAAAACGAUUCACAUCUCACCUAAGAGUAAAUCGCUUAGGUUUUAUUUGAAAACGGAAACGGGUUGAAAAAUGCAACAUCUGUGGUUACAAGUGAUUUCUGUAAUUGUUUUAACCUUAAGCUAUAUUGGAUUAGUGCGUGGUCAAGUGUGCACCAGCGAAGAUAUAACUGCCGAGGAAUGGGAAUGGGGAAUCGUAAACGACAAAAUAGACGCCUCAUUCUCGGGAACCUUAGCUGAAUUUCGGAUGAGAGAUACAAUUAGCAUUACAACGGAAAGUAGCAGUCGACAGUACAUUGAUGCUGCUUUGGAAGGCGAUGUUUUAAGGAUAUUCACAACCGAGGCUUUCGCCAGUUACGAAGACCAAGAAACGGCGUUUCAAAUCCAGCUGAGAAUAACAUUCGUCUGUGCGUCACCAUCUACGACACGUAUUGUGUUUUAUCAAGGAAUAAACAGUGCGAAUAAUCAUCCGCCAAAGUUUUCCGAGUCUGAAUACACGAUUCCGGUUACGUUGCCGUUGCCCAAAGGUUUCGAUUUAACAUUUUUCAAAGAAGUGCUAGCGAGAGACAUUGACUUGGAACACAAUCAGGUCACGUUCCGUUCGCCAGCAUCGGAUUUUAUCGAUGUGGGAACGUCGGAGAGAAUUGGCGACGACAAGAAAACAUUCUACGCCACAUUGGUUCUGAAUCAACAACUUCUGACGUUGCCACAAAAUUUCUCUUUCACAAUUACGGCGACCGAUAGUGGUGUCGAAUUCAGCCGAGGCGAUUCAGCCCAGAUUCACAUUGUGGCAGACGGAAACGCUACCUAUAUUCCGCCGCCAAGAUUUGAAGAGGCUAUUUACCGCGGAGACAUCAGCGAAACCGGAGAGUUUUCCUGUGAAACACCAACUAUCGUGGAAGAUACCUAUUCAGACGAAUUGAGCUACACACUAAGCGGCACCGAUGGUGAUUUAUUUUCGGUUGAAGCACGUCCUCCAUACUCAGUUGCAGUGACAUUAAAAGCGCCCAUUACUGAAGAGAAUUUAGUUGGAAAAACGUUUUUCACGGCUACGAUUUCUGCGAAUCAUCCGGAAGUGCCCAGUGGCUCAACGGUAUUGCUAGUUAGUCUGCCUAGUGUACCGGUUGUUACAACGCCGAAACCAAGCUUCGAGAAGUCCUUGAUUCGAGGCUCAAUCAAUGCAGAAUUGGAAUUGUUUGUCGAGACGAUUGUUUUGUCUGUUCAAUCGUAUACGUUGGACACAACUUUUUCGAUGACUGGAGACGACAGUUCAACAUUCACUCUGACAAACGAACAGAAUGUGGUGACGAUCAGAUUGAAUGGUCCUCUGGCCGAGGAAGAACUUCUGACCAGAGAAUUUUAUUCGUUUGUGGUUGCCGCAACCAAUCCAGUCAGUGGAGUUGCAGAGACGGCGGUUCUUAUUUCACUGCCGCCGAAAAUAUGCGAAGAGUGUCCCGAAUGUCCGGAACCCACUAUCUGUCCCGAAUGUCCCGAAACGACUGCUUGUCCCGAUUGUACAACGCCUUCCCCUCCUGCGGUCGAUUUGAGUCCCAAAUUUCAGAAUCAGUUUUAUAGUUUCACUAUAAAAUCGAACGAGUUCGGUAAAAUUGGAGACGUACUCGCCGAGUCGCUGAGUGCGGAUGCCGUAAUUGAGUAUUCGAUAGCGACGGAAAAUGCAUACUUCAUGACGAAACUAACCAUUGAUCCGAGCACGGGCGAGAUAUUUCUGCAAGAGGAAAUCAAUUCCGGAUACUACGAAGCGGAGGUGACGGCUGGAAUUUCGGUUGACGAUGAGAUUUUGCGAAGUUCCAGUGUGAUAAGACUCACAGUUCUGCUAGUCAGUACAUGUCCGGAUGGAAAUAAAACUGUCGAAAAGUCGCUGACCAUUCAAUAUUUGAGGGAGAACGAAAUUCAUCGAAAUAUUUUCCCCAGCAAAAUUGAUGAUUGCAAUUACGUUAUCCGAAGUAUCCAGCCGAAUGACAAAGAAUACGUCACUAUUAACAAUGAGACCAAUAUGUUGGAGUCGAUUAGCUUUGACAGAGAAGACAGCAUAUUCAACGAGUACGAAGUGCCUCAAAUUCAGAUCAAACUGAAACUCAAUUGCGAUGGCGAUACUCCAACAGCAGCUAGACAAUUGGACCGUUAUCAAGCACCCCAUCGAUCCUAUUCCAUCAAUGUCACCAAAUCACCGUUACCCCGUUCCAUUGAUCCAUCGAUAGGCGACGGUCGCUGGUAUACCCUAACCAAUGACAUUGACUUCACAUCCGAUUUGACGGUAAUCAACAUAAUCAUCGAGGACGUAAACGACAACUAUCCGAUAUUCGAUUCAUCGACGCCAUCGUUCGUCGGGUAUCCAGAAACCGCAGUAGCGAAUCGCAUUAUACCGACACAGUUGACGGUUAUCCAUGCGACAGACAUCGAUGCUGGCGAUAAUGCUAGAAUCAGAUAUUCCCUGGCAGAAAACAAUUAUUUCCAAAUCAAUCCGGACAGUGGCAUCAUCACACCGUUGAGCGAUGGAUGGUCUAACGUUAAUUCGGUUGAAUUAAUGAUUUAUGCCACCGACAAUUACGGUGCCAGAAAUGGACUGUCGACGUCGCAUGCUUUGUACGUGAGGAAAUUGGAAGAGCAGCACCUGACUAUUGUCACCCUAAGAGACGACAAUCUUAACUCGACGGCGGACGGUGUGAUUGAACAGCUGAAUGCGGAGAGUUCAAUAAAAAUGUUGCUUCUUCAUUCGGCUGCUGUUCCAUACCUUCCGAUUAGUUCCAGACAGAGACAGAGUGUUCCUUCAAAUGCUCUUAGGAUGAUUGUGUAUGCACUGGAUGAUAAUGGCCAACCAUUGGGAACGUUACAAGUGCAGAGACAACUGGAGCCAUUUGUGAACCAGAGACAAUUAACAUUCAGUUCAUACGAAGACUGGGACGAAACCAGCGACGAUGAUUUCGAAUACACCGUGUGGAUCAUUGUUGUCAGUGUUAUGAGUGGCAUUAUUUUACUAGCUGUGGUAGCACUAUUUCUGCUGUGGUGGUUCAAAAUUCGUCCGUAUGAGUACAAGACAAUGAUCGACGAAACAGCCACAUCGCAAGAAAAUCUUCAGGGUGACUUCAAUGACGCCGGUGUCGUCGAAUCAACGCCGCCGAUGCCACGAUUCGAAACCGAAAAGCGUGAAUCGGUGAACAUCAGUGGAUCAACCGAAAUGGAAUCCACGGAUGAGCCAACGAAACGAGCAGUUAUGUUGUUAAAUUUAUUAGACGGUGAUGAGGAUGCGGUUUCGCUAGACAAUUCGUUUGGCGAAGAAAGUGAACGGAGAGAACGGAAGAAGUCGCAAGGGGUUACAUUCAAUGAGCUUGUUGAACGUAUUGAUAUUGAAACCGAUCCAGUAAGAGAUUCCGACACAGAUCUUAGAAGAUAAUAUGUUGCUGUUGCAGUGUAGUUGUUUAAGUGUUUUUAUGAGAUUCCGUUUUACAUUUUGUUAAUUUAAGAUUAAAAGAAAAAAGAAAAAAUGAAAA